CCCCCGCCACGAACCAACGAUAAGGAACCAAAUUCUAAAAGAGCAAAUCGAAGUUGAAAUUUGAUGGGGAGCUUUUCAAUGGAGGUGUUUGGAGGCUCUGCUUUGGCUUAUGCGUCUCUCUCUCCUCCUUCCGUUUACAGAAACCCUAAUUUCUCUCCCAAGGUGCUCCCAUGGAAUUAUCUACACAUUAGCAUUGUAGAAACUAGGUUUUGGAGUUCAUUAUCGCGUGUAAGCAAAAAUGGCAAUGACAAACGAAGAAGUUGGAGCACGGUUUGCCAUAUUCAAGGAGAUUAUAAAGAUGGAUUCUUUUGUCAACCAAUAUGGAGACUUAAUAAAAGAUUCACAUAUAGAUGUGGUUUGUUUCAAAUAAGGGAUCCAUACCUUCCCAAAUGGAGGAAGUAUACCAUCAGUCUUCAAAAAGUAACAAACCGUUCAGAAAAUUUUAAACAUCACGUCUCCAAUCUUUUUGUUCGGCUGGUUGUUGUAGUAGUGCUGGUUAUGACAGUUUCCGUUGCUGUUAGCAAAACACCUUCGUGGGCCCUUUCUGAAGAGAACCUUCUCUUCUUGGAGGCAUGGAGAACAAUUGAUCGUGCAUAUGUUGACAAAACUUUUAAUGGGCAAAGUUGGUUUAGGUACAGAGAAAAUGCACUGCGGAAUGAACCAAUGAACACGCGAGAAGAGACGUAUAUGGCAAUAAAGAAGAUGCUUGCCACCCUGGAUGAUCCUUUCACCCGGUUUUUGGAGCCUGAAAAGUUUAAGAGUCUGCGGUCAGGAACAAAAGGUGCUCUUACGGGUGUAGGGCUGUCAAUUGGCUACCCUAUAGGACUUGAUGGAUCACCUACCGGACUGGUUGUUAUUUCAGCUGCUCCAGGAGGCCCUGCUAAUCGGGCUGGUAUUUUGUCUGGGGAUGUUAUCCUUGCAAUUAAUGAAGCAAGUACAGAGACCAUGGGCAUAUAUGAUGCUGCAGAGCGCUUGCAGGGACCUGAAGGAAGUGCAGUGGAGCUGACUAUUCAUAGUGGUCCUGAGAUAAGGCACCUAUCUUUGACGAGAGAGAGAGUUUCACUGAAUCCGGUGAAGUCAAGAUUCUGCGCAAUACCUGGUUUGGGAAAGGAUGCCCCCAGAAUUGGAUAUAUCAAACUGACGUCAUUCAGCCAAAAUGCUUCUGGUGCUGUCAAGGAAGCAAUUGAAACAUUGAGAAGGAACGAUGUUAAUGCCUUUGUCUUGGACCUUCGUGAUAACAAUGGUGGUCUUUUCCCAGAAGGAAUUGAGAUUGCCAAGAUUUGGUUGGAUAAAGGCGUGAUCGUGUAUAUUUGUGAUAGUCGAGGCGUUCGAGAUAUAUAUGACACAGAUGGGACCAAUGCAGUAGCUGCUACGGAACCCCUAGCUGUUUUGGUGAACAAAGGAACUGCAAGUGCUAGUGAAAUUUUAGCUGGUGCUUUGAAAGACAAUAAGCGUGCAGUACUAUUUGGAGAACCUACAUAUGGGAAAGGCAAGAUUCAAUCGGUUUUUGAGCUUUCUGAUGGCUCUGGCUUGGCCGUUACAGUCGCUCGUUAUGAGACACCUGCUCACACUGACAUUGACAAGGUUGGCGUGAUUCCGGACCAUCCUCUUCCAGCAUCAUUUCCCAAGGAUGGUGACGGUUUUUGUACCUGCCUCCAGGACCCUGCAGCUUCUUGCUAUCUCAACAGAGUCAAGUUAUUUUCCAGAUGAUGGAAUCUAUAAAAAAUGUAAUUUAUUGUUUUUUUAGAAGUCUUCAUUAUUCUUUCACAGAUGCCAGAAAUAGAAAAAGAAAAAAGGCAUUGGCAAGCAUUUGAGUAUCUCUGAAAAUAGUUUAUAUAAAGAUCUUCAGAGUGAAUGGUUGGCGUAUGCGAUCGUUUUUUUUUUUUUUUUUUGGUGUAAUUGACUUCCAAAUCAAAAGCAAGAAGAGAAAAAAAUCCAACUCUCCAUUUUUUUUUUCU